AUGUCUGGGCGCAGGCGCAAGUUCUUCAAGACCAGUCAGACGCUCGACCGUGCGGGCGGAUACACGCGACACACGACGUUCGUCCGUGGACAGCUGCGCAAGAAGUUCAAGAGAGAAUUGGUCCGGCUCACCGACGACCCGAAGGUGGAGAUGCGCUGGACGUUGGAGCGGUUCGCCAAGCACAUCUUCGUCAAGCACCGGCUGCGCCUCGUCGGCUGGCCACACGGUACCAAGUUCGGCAACCUGAGCGAAAACGCGACGAGCUUGAACGAGCUCAUCGGCCUGCACAGGCUGUGGGACCGCGGCGACCUGCGCUUCGAGCGCGUGGGCAUCGAGGAGGCAGAGGCGGCGAGGGCGAACUGUAGGCUUGCGGCGCCGACGCCGUUCGUCCUCCCGCGCGGAACACGGGCGAAUGAAGACGAGCGGCGGGACCCGGGUGUGGUGGAGUUCGGGAUGUGGCGCCGGCGGAUGUCGUGCAUGGUGACAAAGUCACAGCGCGAGAUCACUUGGGAGGACGAGGAGGAGGCGGAGCAUCCGCUGGGGAGGGAGGCGUCGAGCGACCUGAUAGACAGCUUUAGCAGUCGCGGCUGUGGUUGGGAUACGACCUGGCGCAGUCCACUCACCCGUUGUCGCGCAUCAUCGCACGGAGGCUGGUACGGGUACGCGGAUGCCGUGGCCGGUGGCCGGUGGUCAGGCUGGUCUUGCAAGUGCGACUACGCGCUGCCCAUGGUUCGCUGGCAGGCGCACCCGCGUACCGGGUGUGGUCACGCCGCUCUAGCAAGCGCGACCACGAGCUGGCCGUGUUCCGCUGGCAAGCGCUACCCGUCUAUCGCUGCCGCGCGCGGCGAUACACGCGAUACGUACAUCUUCAGUACGCUCCGCGGGAGCAUGGAAGUUGUGUCGAUGUGCGCGGGGACCCGGCGGAGUACGAUGCCAGACAUGCGCGGCGGCCCUUGCACGCUCUUGCAAAUCGUGCCCCGGUCCGCCGUCGAUUCAGCACUCUCCACAGUCUCAAUAAUCCUGUCUCUACAGCGUCAAUAA